CAGACCUGUCAGAUUCCCUCCCGCCUGGCCCAGGCUGUUCCCCUUUCCCGCUUGAAGCAUCGCAAGGUGACACAACCUGACGCCGUGUCAGAUCAUGUCCCAAUCAAUAUCCGACAGCAGAAGACGGGAGAAGCCCAUCCUGAGCUGUACUGUCUGCAGGGGACGCAAGCUGCGUUGCGACCGACAGUCGCCGUGUGGCUCCUGCCUGCGGCGUGGCAGGCCCGAGGAGUGCAUCUACACCUCCUCGGCACAGGAGCGCCGAGAUGCCGUCGACUAUAGGCCCCGCGCCAGAAACCCCUCGGCCAAGCAGGGAUUUGCUCGCCUGGAGAAGUUUGUCCGAGAACAGAUCAGGGCGAUGGACGAGAAAAUUCGCCAAGAAUCUGGGGUUCGAACGCCAUCCCACGAGCCUUCCCACUCGAUAUCACCGCCCCCCUCUCAAGAAGACCAGAUUGCGGACACGGUGGGCAAACUAACACUCACCGAUGAUCAAACCGUAUACACGGGGAGCUCUCACUGGGCCAACAUGCUAGAGGAUAUACAAAUCCUCAAAGACGAACUAUACGAUGACAUGUCAGAAAGCCAAGAGUCGCCCUUUUCUGAUCCUGAUCCCGGAGCCCAACAGCCAGCCUUCAGGAUAUCACUUCUCACCCCUGUUCCCUCUCUGCGGAGGGAGCAAAUUCUGUCCAUGAUGCCCCCACGCAACGUGGUUGAUGGGCACGUUUCUGAGUUUUUCAGAACUUAUCCUUUUGUCCAGUUUCUUAUACACCAGGGGACCUUCCUUGCAGAGUACUCGAACUUCUGGAUUAAUUCUUCGUCUGUACCCAUCAUGUGGAUCGGACUCUUGUUCGGUAUCAUGGCUAUUUCCGGAUAUAUAAACCGACAAGAAAUUGGAGCUAUCGGCGGCGUGUGUGGUUCAAACUCACGUGAUGAUGAAAUGUCGGAGACCUACCGAACCCUCACGAUUCACUGUUUGGUGGCGGGUGAUUAUCUGCAGCCAAACCGAUACACAAUCGAAACCCUGGGUUUGCAUUAUGUCGCGGAGCAACGAAUGGGCCGCAAUACCGAUCUCGGGAACUGGAUCCUAUUUGGUGUUAUCAUUCGGGUCGCGUUUCGCAUGGGACUCCACCGUGACCCAUCUCACUGGCCCAACAUUCGACCCUUGGAGGCGGAAUACCGACGGCGGCUCUGGACUUCAAUAUAUCAGGCAGACUUCUUCACGAGCACCCAAGUCGGACUACCACGGAUUAUCAAGGACUCCCAGUGCGAUGUGCGUCUACCUCUAAAUCUGUUCGAUGAGGACUUGGAGCAUGAUCCAAUACCGCCUGGUCGGCCGUUGACUGAGUCUACACCACUCUCACAUAUCAUCCAACGGCACACCAUUAUCAAGUUAGCAGCAGAGAUAUAUGAUGCGACGGAAGUAGGACCACCAUCACCCGCUACCAUUGCUGAACUAGAGGCCAAGAUUGAAAGGGCGAUGGCAUCCAUACCGGAGCAGUCAAAAUAUCAGUCCGAGACACCGCUGACGGAUACCCCUCCUGCGAUCAUCAACAAAGUAUUUCUCGACAUUCUGGCCAAGAAGGCUGUCUAUUUACUUCACCGACAGAGCUUUAUGAAAGGCACUAUCAACCCCUCAACUCUCAGAUCUGCCGAGGUCUGUAUCGACUCCGGCUUGGCUAUCCUGGGACACCAUAAAAGAAUAAAUGAAGCGUCCGGUGGCGAUUUGUCCGGUGUUCGCUGGCGGAUAGCCCUGUCGCUGACACAUGAAUUUCUGCAAGCCACAAUGAUGCUAUGCUAUGCGCUGAGCCGAUCCCACGCGUAUCAGACGGAUUCGGCCAACCCCUGCCCCCUCCAUCGACGAGAGGAAAUCAUAGAAGCUUUGACCACUGCAAAAGGCCUUUGGGAAACGUAUCCCGACAAGGCUGAAGAAGCACGCAAGGCCGCAACUGCCAUCGCAUGGGUCCUGAAGCAGGAGUUUGAGUCAAGUCCCCCUACCUCGUUCGGCUCGGAUGGGCUGAACACCCCAAUGCCCGAGCAGUCUUUCAGUGCUUUUCCGCUGCCCGGGAUUUAUGAUCCAAUACCUGGGGGGCCGACAUUUACCGACCUUGGUGGCUUUCCCGGUCCUCUUGACUGUGGGCAGAAUGCGAUGGCGGGCAACCCUUUCGCCGGCAUUGACUUUGAACCGGCGGCAUUCGCAGGCCAGUGGGACGACAUUUUUCCUGACCCCACACAGAGCAACUGGCCGGGGAUGUAG